CUUCCGAGCCGAAGGCUAGUGUGAGAAUCUGGCGGUGGAUGCUGCUGGGCUGCUCUCUCUGCCGCCGCCGCCGCCGCCGCCGCCGCCGCCGCUUCCUCCUGGGCUUGCCGGAGCAUGGAGUAUUAAAGACGCGCGUCUUCUGCAGAGUGAGAUAAGUUCCUGACGCCAACAUGGGAAAACAGAAUAGCAAGCUACGCCCCGAAGUCAUGCAAGAUUUGCUAGAAAGCACAGACUUUACAGAACACGAGAUCCAGGAAUGGUACAAAGGUUUCCUGAGAGACUGUCCAAGUGGACAUUUGUCCAUGGAGGAGUUUAAGAAAAUCUAUGGGAACUUCUUUCCUUAUGGGGACGCUUCUAAAUUUGCUGAACACGUGUUCCGUACUUUUGAUGCUAACGGUGAUGGAACGAUAGACUUCAGAGAAUUUAUCAUAGCCUUGAGUGUAACGUCCCGAGGAAAACUGGAGCAAAAGCUGAAGUGGGCAUUCAGCAUGUAUGACCUGGAUGGAAACGGAUACAUCAGCAAGGCAGAAAUGUUGGAAAUAGUCCAGGCAAUCUACAAGAUGGUUUCUUCAGUUAUGAAGAUGCCAGAAGAUGAAUCGACACCAGAGAAAAGAACAGAGAAAAUCUUCCGUCAGAUGGAUACUAAUCGAGAUGGAAAGCUUUCUCUGGAAGAGUUUAUCCGGGGAGCCAAGAGCGAUCCAUCUAUCGUCCGUCUCCUUCAGUGUGAUCCCAGCAGUGCUGGGCAAUUCUAAAGCAGUUGCUUGGAUUAUUUCAUGUCUCUGUUUUCAUUUCUUUUCUCUUUUUGCCAAACAACAUUCAUGGUGGUGUUGCCUCUGUGUGGCCAACUAUGCCUUCUUUCAUGGCACCUUUAGCUUUCUUUGUGGCAGAUCCACUAGGAUUACGACAUACUCUCUGAAAUUUGUCCUGGUUACAGAAAGUGCCAUUUGCACGACCCAUGUCAAUUAUGAAAUUGUUGCAAAAUUCUAUGGCCUGACCCAGGGGUAAACUCCAUUUUGUUUAAAGGGACUUACUUCCUAGCAUGCUUUGGACCAAAGCCUUAAGUUUUAUUUCAUUGUCGAUUCCAAGCUUAAAAAAAGGAAUAGGCAAGGGCCAUGAGCCCUGUUCCAAAGCUAUAGAUGGUUCUGAUGUGCGUAUGGAACAAAGUGGAAGAAAUGUCUGCCGUAUUCACUUCAGUACUGGAGUACGCUGGUGAAAAUCCCCAGACAUUGAAAUGAGCAAAGAAGCCCUGUUCAUGUGGAGCUUCCUUUGUGCACCAGUCAUACUGGAUCAGAGCACAUGCUUGCAUUACAAUCAGACCCAGGAUAAAUUGUUUGUACCCAUCAUUAUUUCGCUGUGUUACACUAGAAGUAGGCGGCAAUGAUUCUCCAGUAGAUUCCUGCCCAUCACUAAUACCAUUACCCCCAGCUGUUGCUUAGGAAUAGACUUGCAACUGCCUAGAGCUCAAUGCAGCCGCUUAACACCAUAAUGCAGCAAUUAAAGGGUAAAUGAAACAUGCACAAGCUCUAAAAAAUCAUCCACAGUCAGUGCCUGGGAGGUCUAAAAUGUGUUGUUCUGAAAUAGAAUUCACCAACCCAUUGGGAAUAAUUUUCAUAGUCCAUGGGACCAUUGGCAUGGUGGGUACAAUUUUCAUUCAUCCUCAAAGAUGUGAAUCAUUUUAUAGAAUGGGACCAUUUAGCAAGUGAUUGGCAAUAGCUGCCAGCCGGCGAGGGCCCAUCAUUUUCACAGCUAACACACUUCAUCCAUCUGUGAUACCAUCAUAACACUGUGAUGCGCUCACUGCUCCCAUAAGGUGAAUAGAGGAGGAAAAGACUGUUCAGAUGUCUUGAGCAGGUGAUUCAAUUGAUCUUUCUAAGACAGAGUGUCCAUUUGGGAAUAGGAGAGAGUGUCCCAUAGAAGUUGAGGUCCUCUUACCACUUUGGAUGAGGAAAGGCAACUGUGGCUCUUCGGAAUGCGGGUUCAGGAAAUCAUACCUAAGAGCAGUGCAUGUUUUAAUGAGGGACCACCAGGCUGAUGAUAGCAAAGCAUGAAGCCCACUCUCCUAGAAGAGAGUGACAAGGAAACAGGGGUAUUAUGUGGAUGAAUGACAGAGAAAUGGUUUGGGAAGGUGAUGUUUUUGUCCUCCUUUCCUGCAUCCUUAGAUAGAUUUUUAAAAAAUGGUUAAGGAGAAUCAGGAAGAUUCACACAAUUAGAGUAUGCUCUCUAAAUACAUGUCCUGCAAAGUUAAUGUAAAAAUGAGGAGGGAGGUUGGAGUAGAGAAUCAGCACAAAAGAGAAAGAAGUUUAGCCCUUUCUGUGCCUGCCAGUUCUUCCCUACAAGUGCCCCUCAGGUCUCUCCCCCCCCCCAAAUCAGGCUGUUUCUGGUCUCACAGCUUGGCUGAGAGAAAAACAGUGGGGAAAAGACCAGAGGGGCAUUUGCAGUGGGUGCUCAGCAGGCCAAGAAGACCCAAGCACUCAUUAAUUGCCCCCUGCAAAUUUCUCACCCCUAGCAUUAGGGUUUCAAGAGGAACAUGAGGCUGGGAGCCCCGAGUUUGUGGUUCUGCCCCGUAAGCAAUGCUGAGUGUGAAAGACGAGCAGAGAGGGACAUACUUCAGCUCUUCCACUUCCAGUGUUGCACUGAUGUGAGCAGUUGACUCUGAAGGAAGCCAUGUCAAUUUGACCAUAACUUGGUAUGUCCAUCUUAAAGGAGUAAAGGUCACCACGAGGUGACUUUUCUUCCUAGUUUUCAUGUAGCGAUAUGGUUUUGUAAUGGUGAUUCGUUUUCUUCCUGCCAUGUUUCAGGUUAAAGUUAGGGCUGCUUCAAGGUACUUGGUCACCCCAAGGUCCGGCUCCCCUGACAAUGAUGGUGGCUGGUCCAAGCCACAACCCUGCGACAUUACGAUAGGGACUUGGCUUGGACCCAGCUAGGGGUGGCAUGGAUCUAGGAACUGACAUGUGCUAACAUGAGCUGAGUCCCUGUGGUGUUUCAGCACCUUCCCUACUGUGCCUCCCUCCCAAGCCCUUUCCUGGAUGGCUCGGUUUGAGAACUGGCCCCAGUUGCAGUUUCAUGCAAAUUCACCAUGUGGUUGUAUUUUCACAAUACUAUUUGAGUCACAUCUUGAAAGUGAAUCAACCAUGAAAUGAUCUUCACACUGAAUCUUUCAUGCUGUAUUUUGGUCCACAGGGAUAAUUUUUUUUAACCGGGGCAGGGAGGGGGAACACUACAAUUAAGUACUGUUGUAGAUGUAAAAUUGUAGAAUUCAUACUUCAGUAUAGCUUGUAAGUCUGUACUGAAACACAG